CGGUGGUGCGCAGCCGCGCCCCAUCGCCCCUGCCACGCGCCGACGCCCCGCCCCAUCCGUGACGCGUUCGCGCGGGGCCUCUGCCCCAUCCCCCUCCCGGGCGGUCCCCAGCGCGAGGCCUCCGCCGUUCCCCGCCCCCUCGCCUCUGAGGCUGCCCGGAUAGCUGCCUGAUCCAAGGCCCAGCAGCUUCUGCCUUCCCGAUCCCCACCGACGGACGGAGGCAGCCCACCUGCAGGACCGGGGCGCUGUCGGUCCACGUGGCCGCUCCGGAGCAGAUUCCCCUCUUCCAGCGGCCUCGCCAUGGCGACCCACGGACAGACUUGCGCGCGUCCAAUGUGUAUUCCUCCAUCAUAUGCUGACCUUGGCAAAGCUGCCAGAGAUAUUUUCAACAAAGGAUUUGGUUUUGGGUUGGUGAAACUGGAUGUGAAAACAAAGUCUUGCAGUGGCGUGGAAUUUUCAACGUCUGGUUCAUCUAAUACAGACACUGGUAAAGUUACUGGGACCUUGGAGACCAAAUACAAGUGGUGUGAGUAUGGUCUGACUUUCACAGAAAAGUGGAACACUGAUAACACUCUGGGAACAGAAAUCGCAAUUGAAGACCAGAUUUGUCAAGGUUUGAAACUGACAUUUGAUACUACCUUCUCACCAAACACAGGAAAGAAAAGUGGUAAAAUCAAGUCUUCUUACAAGAGGGAGUGUAUAAACCUUGGUUGUGAUGUUGACUUUGAUUUUGCUGGACCUGCAAUCCAUGGUUCAGCUGUCUUUGGUUAUGAGGGCUGGCUUGCUGGGUACCAGAUGACCUUUGACAGUGCCAAAUCAAAGCUGACAAGGAAUAACUUUGCAGUGGGCUACAGGACUGGGGACUUCCAGCUACACACUAACGUCAAUGAUGGGACAGAAUUUGGAGGAUCAAUUUAUCAGAAAGUUUGUGAAGAUCUUGACACUUCAGUAAACCUUGCUUGGACAUCAGGUACCAACUGCACUCGUUUUGGCAUUGCAGCUAAAUAUCAGUUGGAUCCCACUGCUUCCAUUUCUGCAAAAGUCAACAACUCUAGCUUAAUUGGAGUAGGCUAUACUCAGACUCUGAGGCCUGGUGUGAAGCUUACACUCUCUGCUCUGGUAGAUGGGAAGAGCAUUAAUGCUGGAGGCCACAAGCUUGGGCUCGCCCUGGAGUUGGAGGCUUAAUCCAGCUGAAAGAAACCUUUGGGAAUGGAUAUCAGAAGAUUUGGCCUUAAUAUAUUUCCAUUGUGACCAGCAGCAGGCUUUUUUCCCCCAAGAAGAUGAUCAAAACAGAGGAUGAUCUCAACAAGAGCUGUAUUUUAAGUAUUUAGACAGUUCCUUGUUAGCUGGUUUCUAGUUGAAUUGGUUAUCUAGUUACCAAUGCUGCAGUCCUGCAGUCACCUAUACAUUAUUUAAAUGUAUUUAACUGUUAAAUGCGCUACCCACCAAUAAUGAAAUAGACCUUUAUGAAAACUG